AUGACAAUUUCGUUGCAGAUGUGGUCAAACGGGGAUGUACAACCGGAGAUCUCCGGUUCGACCGCACCAGACUGUUCCGGAGAAAUGCAAGCUUUAAUCGAUGAAAUGCGAGUGCAAGACUUCGACUCGAUACGAUUUGCUACUUAUCGUGCUGCAUGUAAAUUACGAUUUAUACAGAAGAAAACUAAUGUACAUCUUGUGGAUAUCUGGAACAUGAUCGAGUCAUUUCGUGAAAAUGGACUAAAUGCGAUGCCUAUUCAUACACAGAUUAAAACGUCACGAAUUGAGCUGUUACUUACGACAAUCUAUCAUAAUUUGAACAAACGACUUGUCUCCUCUCAACAUAUAGACACGGAUAAAUCAAUAUCGAUGCUACUUAGCUUUUUAUUAGGAACAUAUGACAAACAACAAACGGGACGAUUAACGGUUUUCUCAAUAAAAAUAGCGUUAGCAACGAUAUGUGCCGGGAAAUUGGUGGACAAAUUGAGGUAUAUGUUUUCACAGAUCUCUGAUUCGUCUGGGUUCUUGGAGUAUGAUAAGUUCACGGAUUUUAUGCAACAAGUUCUCGCGUUAACUACGGCAGUAUUUGAGGCGCCAACAUUUGGAUUUUCUGAAGCAGCCGUCGCUCAGUGUUUUCUAAAGGACCAACGCGUCACUCUAAACAACUUUCUGGACGUUUUUAUGUCUGAUCCUUGUCCACCAUGUGUAAUGUGGCUACCGCUGCUACAUCGAAUGGCUUCCGUAGAACAUGUCUAUCAUCCAGUAGUCUGUGAUGCAUGUCAGGUCCGAUCAUUCACUGGUUUCCGCUACAAAUGCCAGCGAUGUUCCAAUUAUCAGCUCUGCCAAAAUUGCUUCUGGCGUGGUCGAACAAGUCAGAAUCAUUCGAAUGAACACGAAAUGAAGGAGUACUCCAGUUACAAAUCACCCACGAAACAACUUGCGCAUUCCAUCCAUAAAUCAUUGCAAUGCAUACCAACACCGAACACAAAACAAACGCCAUUGUUUGCCGAACGACCACAACGACCACUGGAACUACAGAAUAUUGUGCCGGCCACGCCCACAACGUUACGGAGAGCACCGCCGGACCCAAUUUCGGAUUGGCCUUCGUCUCCAGUGCUUCUGCCGGGUCAAAUCGCCAAUGGUACCGCUCUGGACGAUGAACAUAAACUUAUCGCUCGAUAUUCAGCGAAACUAAGUGGGCGUGCGGAUUAUCCUCUGGGGAACGGUCGAGACCGAUCGGUGAAUCAUCCAAUGGAUGAGCGAUCGUUAAUAGCACGACUUGAGGAGGAGAACUCGCAUAUGAUGAGGGAAAUUUCGAGGCUGGAGAGUCAAACCUUGUCUGAAGAUGGUCAACUAACGGGUUUACGUGAACGGAAGUCUCAAUUGGAGGAGAAAAUGUUCGUGAUGCAACAGAAGAGGCGGGAUCUUAUGAUGCAACUGGAGCAACUUAUGACGCAGUUAAAUGCUCCCGGCACGGUACCGUUCCCGUCGGCGUCGAUGUCUCAAAUCCCCGAAUCUCUUGCCGGUGUGGGGUCGAAGGUCUCCACUGCAUUCCGAGCGGGCAGCUUGCCAGCGAGUGCAAACCUUCAGGGAGACCUCCUACACGCUGCCGAUCAAAUCACGUCAAAUAUGGGUGAAUUCUUACGAGAGCUAGAUCAAGCACAAGAUCAGGAGAAUCCCACUGUACCGAAUGGUCAUUAUCGUGAACCAAUAUGA